CUGGAAUUUCCAGUCAAAAGGAAGAUGCUGCUCGCAUGUGUGCGAAGCACCGCUAGGUCUGCGCACUCUUCUCGCCACUGAUCAAAUUCGGGAGCUUGGAUCAAUGUUGAGGUUUGAGCUGGUUGACCACUGGAAUGAGCAUCUUCCCAAAGAAAGUGGAUUGUCGGAGGCGCUGCAUUAGGUGGCUGCGUUUUGCAGUGACAGGAUGCACUGCGAGGAAUUUUGCAUUUUGAGUUGUAUGAAGCCCGUCCCAACCUAGGCAGCAUUGAGCACACGUGAAGUUUAGACACAGCAUUCGCCUAUUGCACAGACUUUGCAUCGAGAUUUUCAAUUUGCCAGGUACUAAUUCCCUGAUCCGUUGAAACCAUACAUACUAACGUAGUCAAGCAAGGGCGGAGGAAACUUUUGGAAUUUAAUCAGCCUGUUCAAAACUAUUGGCGCAAGUAGCCCCAUCAGGAAGGAGUUUGUCCCGGAGCCUGUUUAAACCAGACUGCCUGUCCAAUCCCGCUUUCCAAAGGCCAUUCACACGCCAAUCCCUUGAAGCUGAUUCACACCACGUGAUCCACAGACCAGUUCACACCGCACACUUCCGCUAGUCCAACCGGAGUGUCUCCUCUUUUGUCCAUUCUCACCACCAAGUCCCUGUGAGCCAAUUUACACCAGUACUUCAGAAAGAGCCAAUUCACACCCAUGGCGGACGCCGGUUUCCUCCCCCCAUGGCUGAGUGGCGCCCUAGAGGGUGCGGCGGGGGCGUUAACGGGCGCCCCCCAACCGGCCCACCAAAUGGACCUACGGAAGCUGAUUCUUUCGGCCUGUCUACCGGUCCUGAAAGUGCUCAUCAUUGCGGGGACGGGCCUGGUGCUGGCGACCCCCUACAUGGGUGUGCUGAAUGUCGAGGCUCGGAAGCACAUCAGCAAGCUCGUUUUCGUGUUGCUACUGCCGGCACUGGUGUUUGUGAAACUGGGCCAAGGUGUCGACAUCACAAACAUGAUCAAGUGGUACUUUAUUCCGAUUAACAUCUUGGCGGGUUGCACGAUCGGUUGCUUCUUAGGGUAUAUAGUGGUCCUCAUCUGCAAACCGCCUCUGGAAUACACACGGCUCGUCAUUUUCACCGUGGGUAUAGGUAACAUGGGCAACCUGCCGUUGGUUCUGGUGACCGCCGUGUGCCAAGACCCGUCGAACCCGUUCGGUGACACCGCUUCAUGUCUUGCCAGGGGCGUAUCUUACGUUGCUUUUGGGAUGUGGCCGCUCGCCAUCAUUCUGUGGACGCUUGUGUACGACUCCCUCCAACUCCCCGCGGAGCACUCCCUCCGCAUGGGGACCACGCCGCGCCGCCGCCUCUCCGUCGCGACCGGGUUGCGCGCCCCGCUGCUCGACGACUCAGAGCGCAAGUUAACCCGAAGCCUCUACAAAAAGGUCAAGAGCUUCGCGAAGCUCUUGCGGCUGCAUCAAAUCAUGCGGCCGCCGAUCGCCGGCGCGUUGGCCGCACUUUUCGUGGGUGCCAUUCCGCCGCUCAAGUGGGCGCUGUUUGACACCUACGGACCGUUCCGGGUCGUCACGGAUUCCGUCUCGAUCAUUGGGCAAGCGAUGAUUCCGUGCCUUAUCCUGGUGUUGGGAGGCAAUCUAGGCGGCGGUCCCGGCGCGUCGGAUCUGAACAGCGCAACUAUGGUGGGGAUCUGCAUUAUGCGCCUGGUGGUGCUGCCUGCGCUCGGCAUGUGUUUCGUGCUGACCGCCAAGCACUUGGGGCUGCUCCUCGUGGAAGACAAGAUGUACAUAUUCGUGCUUUUACUGCAACAUACUAUGCCUACAUCCAUCCAAGUCGGUACGGCGGCUACACUUCGUGGGUAUGGAGAGAAGGAGAUCUCUGCUGCGCUCUUCUGGGAGCACAUCUGCGCCCUCUUCUCCGUCACGCUUUGGCUUCUUGUAUAUAUCUACUACCUCUUCCCUAUUUAGGGCGGAUAGGUUCGCACAUAAUUUUGUACUUUUUAUCAAUAUUGAGGUUGCUUGCAUGAUGCAGGGACGGCUGAUCGGCUCUACUUUAUUGACAGUGGGGAUAUAUUGAAUUGGUUUUAAUUUCUUGCUAUCAAGUGUACGGAUUAUAAGACGAAAUCUUAUCGUUGACACUGGUUGGACCAAUCAGCAACGCGGUCAGAGUUCCGGCAUGUCGUGCUCAACUUAUUGCUCAAGCUACCAUAUGUGGGCGGAACAUAUAAAAGCUAAGUUGCCCUCCUAAGUUUUAUCCUCGUC